AUGUCAUGCGUUUUGAAGUGAGCAUAAUUUGACAUAAAAAAUAUUAUAAAACCAGUAAAAGCGAGUACGAAAUAUACACAAAUUAUUUUAUUAAAUAACUAUAAUAUAGAAAAGUUACAAAAUGUCGAUACAAUUCAGUGGAGCUUUGAAGCGGUCAAACGGUAUAAUUGCCGCAAUAAGCAAACAAUUGAAAAAUGUAAAUUUAAAAGGAGUUAAACGGAUAACUGUUACGUUUGAUCCAUAUGCAGAAAAUGUGAGACCUACAAGGGAUUUCUUGUCUUUGCUGUCAACACCUAAGAUAUCGCUUACCAAUCCCAAUUGCAUUAUAAAAACAGAUGUGGUUUGCAAUCGUCAACCUUCGGAAGUUAAAUUUUCUUUAAUUGAUUCCGCACAAGAAAAAGCACAAGUGAAAGAAAUUCGUUUUGUCAGCAACAAUUUGACAACACUCGAACUUUUGCAGCUUCUUAACAAGCACGUAUCUGUGCUGGCGCCUGUUGAGGAGAUCACAUCCAAGGUAGCUACUAAAGCAGAGAAACAAAAGCUAGCAGGCGGCGCUGGUGGUAAAAAGGGUUCAAAGAAAAAAUAAACCUGUAGCUUAUUUAACAAUAUAUAGCGAAACAUAUUCUAUAUCAAGUGCUUCUUCAAGUUAAUUAAAAAAUGGUGAAAAAACACAAAGGCACUUUAGCUGUAAUUGAGCAGAUAUACGAAGAUAUACCAGCUUUUACCGACAUUUUCACUGAGGAAUCAUUUUAUACGUUCGCAUUUUGUUUUGUAUGCGCUACUAUUAUAAUAGCAUUCAUACUAUCAAGAUUCAUUACUUUAAAGCCUGUUGAAUUCUAAUUUUCAAGUCAUCAAAUGUUCAUAAUAAAGAUGUCUAUCAUGUAUAUAUA